UGACCCCAACUCACACCGCGCAGCCAUGAAGCUGAUGAUCGUGUUCGCCGUGGUGGCUUCGGCCCUGGCUGCGCCCCAGAACCAGCCCCAGGUCAACGUCGUCAGCCAGUCAUUCGACCAGGACGAUCAGGGAAACUACAACUACCAGUACCAGCUGGACAACGGACAGAGUGCGGAGGAGGCCGGCACCGUGCUGCCCGGCCCCGAGCCCGAGACCGGCUCGAUCGACGUGCAGGGCUCGUACACCUUCGUCGCCGACGACGGCAACACGUACUCGGUGUCGUACGCGGCCAACGAGGGAGGCUUCCAGCCGGAUGCGCCGCACCUGCCCGUGGCGCCGGCGCAGAUUGCUGAGUACGAGCAGCUGCGGGCCGACCACCCGGAGCUGUUCUGGGCCGAGACCCAGUAGUGGGACCGCCGGCCGCGGCCGCUAACUCAUUUGUGAUCAGUCCCUGCCAUGCGUUGUUACGUACCUUUCCGUUUUCAUAUGUACCUGG